GAAAGUCGAACGUCAGUCAGUAUGGGUCCCCAGCACCUGAUAGACGAUUGUCUCAUUCAUAUCUUUACAUUUUUAACCGAGGAAGAUUUAAUCAGGGCAUCGGGCGUAUGUACGGUCUGGCACAAUGCUGCCGAGACUCCAUGCUUAUGGAGGAGGAUGUGCUUGCAGCGGUGGGGCUUUUGUAGCCAGGCUGUGUUGGAGAGGCCUCACGUCAAUCACUCGUGGAAGACAUAUUUCCUGCGACGAUCCCAUUUGGAGACAAAGAUGAAGGAAGGCCGAACCGGGGGCUACACUUGCACAAGUCUUCGAGGCCACGCAGUUCCCACCACUGGUUGUCACGACUCCAAUUUGAUUAUCAGUCUUCCAUUAGGACGAAUAGUGGGCUUGGUCUACCUGCAGAGGAGCUCACCUCUGGGUCCUGACCUCCGGAACACCCCGACGACAGUCUGCAGCGCUUCUACUGAUGGUACAGUCCGGGCUUGGAACAUCCAGAAUGGUCAACUCCGUUGGUGCAGUGCCAAGCAGAGUCCUUUAUCAAGCAUCGUAAGUGACGAGCAGCGUGACUUUGUCAUCACAGCAGACUCCGCUGGCCUAAUUAAGGUCUGGCAAGGUCAGACUGGCCAGGAGGUGGCAUCCAAUUCUGCUGCAUCCACACGCUGUACAUUGCUACAGUAUAAUAAGGACAGUGACUGGUUUCUAUCUGUUGGAACGGGUCAGGGGACACUGUGUACACUAGCUGGAACAGCUUUGACUAAAAAAUCCAGUAUAAUGGUAUGUGACAGCUUUCAUGUCAACAUACUCCUGGUUUCACCUGACAAGAAAUGGAUCAUUGCUGGCUCCAAGGAUAAUGUUGAUUUAAGUCCAAAGGUGAUUUACGCUGAUAGUUUGACCUCGCCAUGUGAGGACGAAGACCCAUUGUGCCAGUUAGUGCCGGUCACGGGGUGCCAGGCGGCCGUCUUCCUCCCCACGCAGUCUGCCAGACUGGCCAUGGUCCACUGCAAAGAGCGCACCAACAACAAAGCACUCACUGUCUUCAAUGUCAGCAUUAAAAAGUCAAAGUACACGUCCCAGAUCCAAGUCCAACAGGUAGAGUCCUUUCCCUUGACACUGAACAGCACGUCCUCAAACAUUCUUCUUGAGGCUAAGGACAGCAACUCCAUUGUGAUGGCAGCUGAUCAUCAUCUCUGGGUGUAUUCUCUGAAAGGGACCCUGCUCGCAAGCUUUAAAGAGCACACAAUGCCAAUUACCUCUAUAUGUGUGGACAGCUUUCGUGUGGUAACAGCAUCUCAGGACCUUUCCUUGCAUGUACUGACCUGGAAACAUGACAGAGAUCGCGGGUUGACUUUGGAGAGUCGAUACCAACUACUGGGCGGUUCUCAUACUAUGUCCAGGUGUGUUCUGACAUUUAGGUAUCUAUGCACCAUUAAAUAUAGGCCAGAAUAUGUAUUGGCUCUAAUGUUGUUGCUCUGUUCUCAUACUAUGUCCAGGUGUGUUCUGACAUUUAGGUAUCUAUGCACCAUUAAAUAUAGGCCAGAAUAUGUAUUGGCUCUAAUGUUGUUGCUCUGCUCUGUGACCUUUGCUUUUAGAGGGUUCAGCCACAUCUCCUGUGACUACUGCAGCAUUGUUGGUUCAGUUGAAGGGAAGGACGGCAAAGACAUUUUAAAAGCUUACACGUUCACUGCCUGAGCCCUCAAAAAAGUGACAUGGUUUUUGCACAGCCUCCAAAAAAGAGGAAUAUUUGUUUAUCAUUCACUGUAAAUUAUGCAUGCUUUUAUUAUGAAGAUCUUAUUCACACAAAGAUAAUGCUACCUUAAAUGCACUGGUUUGAUGUACUGUAAUGUGCGCCACAACAAACCUAUGCAGGUCUAUCUAUACUUGACUAGUUUUGGAGCUAAAUAUGACCAGUCUUAAGGCAAAACAUUGCAUAAAAAACCUUUGUUGAGUUACCUUAGUGUGGGGGGUGAAGAAAUGCUAAGACAGUACAUAUCACUAUUUGUAUUGAUCGCACAACAUCAGUAAUAACAAUAAAUAUUUUCAUCAUAAGGCACAAAGUGUCCCCUCCGUGUUUUCGCAUGUAGCAUCUACACUGUCGGUUCUUCU